UCCCUUUCCUCCUCCUCUUUUUUGUCCCCCCUUUUUUAUUUAAAAAAAAAAAAAACCCACAAAAACAAACCAGGGAUCGGAGAUGGAUGUCUCUCUCUGCCCGACCAAGUGCAGCUUCUGGAGGGUCUUUUUGCUCUGGAGCGUUUGGGGAGACUAUGUGCUGUCGGUGCUGGCUUGCCCUGCCAAUUGCCUUUGCAGCAAGACAGACAUCCAUUGCAAGAAGCCGGAUGACGGGAACCUCUUCCCCCUCUUGGAAGGGCAGGAUUCAGGCACCAGCAAUGGCAACGCGAGCAUCAACAUCACGGACAUCUCCAGGAACAUCACUGCCAUACACAUAGAAAACUGGAAGAACUUGCAGACGCUGAAUGCUGUAGACAUGGAGCUGUACACGGGACUCCAGAGGCUGACAAUCAAGAACUCAGGACUUCGAAAUAUCCAGCCACGGGCGUUUGCCAAGAACCCUCAUCUGCGCUACAUAGACCUCUCUGGUAACCGGCUCACCACACUGUCGUGGCAGCUCUUCCAGACGCUGAGGCUUUUUGAACUGAGGCUAGAAAGAAACCCUUUUAACUGCAGCUGUGAUAUCCGCUGGAUUCAGCUCUGGCAGGAGAAGGGUGAGGCAAACCUGCAGAACCAGGAGCUGUACUGCAUGACCAUGGAUGCUGCCGUCAUUCCCCUGCAGGAGAUGAAUAUCACCCAGUGUGAUCUCCCCGAGAUCAGUGUCAGCCAUGUUAAUCUGACUGUGCGAGAAGGUGAGAAUGCUGUGAUCACCUGCAAUGGCUCAGGCUCGCCGCUGCCGGACGUAGACUGGACUGUCGCAGACCUCCACUCCAUCAACACCCACCAGACCAACCUAAACUGGACCAAUGUUCAUGCCAUCAAUCUAACUUUGGUAAAUGUCACCAGCGAGGAUAACGGGUUCCUUCUGACAUGUAUUGCUGAGAACGUGGUGGGAAUGACCAAUGCCAGCGUGUUGCUCACAGUCUAUUAUCCCCCACGCAUCCUGAGCUUGGAGGAGCCGGAGUUGCGUCUGGAGCACUGCAUUGAGUUUGUGGUGCAUGGAAACCCAGCCCCCAGCCUUUACUGGCUGCACAAUGGCCAGCUCCUCAGGGAGACGGAGAUCAUCCGCAUGGAGUUCUACCAGCAAGGGGAAGUGUCCGAGGGCUGCCUGCUCUUCAACAAACCUACUCACUACAAUAAUGGCAACUACACCAUUGUGGCUACCAACAAGCUGGGCACCACCAACCAAACCAUCAAAGGGCACUUCCUCGCCACGCCUUUUCCAGAAAGUACGGAUAACUUUGUCUCAAUUGGUACCUAUGAAGUGAGCCCCACCCCACCUAUCACUGUGACCCACAAACCAGAGGAGGAUACUUUUGGGGUCUCCAUAGCAGUCGGGCUUGCAGCUUUUGCUUGUGUCCUCUUGGUGGUCCUCUUUAUUAUGAUCAACAAGUAUGGCCGACGGUCCAAGUUUGGGAUGAAAGGUCCGGUGGCAGUGAUCAGCGGUGAGGAGGACUCCGCCAGCCCUCUCCAUCAUAUCAACCAUGGCAUCACCACGCCGUCAUCAUUGGAUGCUGGCCCAGACACGGUGGUGAUCGGCAUGACCCGUAUUCCUGUCAUUGAGAACCCCCAGUACUUCCGACAAGGCCACAACUGCCACAAACCAGACACAUGUUUCAGAGAAAUUAUGUUGAAUCCAAUAAGCCUCCCCGGACAUUCCAAACCUCUUAAUCAAGGCAUUUAUGUUGAGGAUGUCAGUGUUUAUUUCAGCAAAGGACGCCAUGGCUUUUAAAAACUCCUUAAAGGUCCCUGUUCUGAUGUCAAGUUUAUAGGCUGUGCCCUCAGAAAGGUGGGAAGCAGUGAGCGUGGUCUGUAUGGAUCGAGGUCUCCUCCUUGUAGGACUCUGCAGCCCCGCCUGUCCACACGUUAAAGCCAACUGAAACUGUGGUUUUCUGUCACCAGAUAGCAGGGUUGUUCUUUUCCUCCAAUGGUCGCUGUGUUCGUUCAAUGUUCCUGCAAGGCACAACCGCGGCAAUGAGAGCAAAUAAAGAAAAUUAAAACCCAAUUUAAAGGAGCCAUCCUAAUAACACAGUAAAUAAUAGUACUUUGCUUUAAAAAAAAAACCAACCAAGCCAACCAAACCGACAUCUUUAGUCAUGUCCUCCCUGCUUGGAGAUUUUUCUUGUAAGCUUGUGUCUUCACAACACCCAGUGAAUGCUGCCAUCACCCUUACUGUGGCAACGCAAUGGGAGCUCUCCCAGAGCGAGCUGAGACGGGGAGCCUGGAAGAUACAAAAGCAGAGUGAAGACUUUUGGUAAGAACAAAGGCAGACCUGCUCCCAAUGUUUGCACAGGAAAUCAUGUUGGGAGUGAAGAUGGGAAGGAGUAGGAAAAAAAAAAGCAUCCUUCUUUAACGGAAAGAGAAGGUGGUUAUUUUGGAAGUGCACGUGUUCUAGGAGGCGUUCUCUUUGAUUGCGUGUUAGAGCAGCUCUUUGGAUCUGACUAUCUCGUUGUUGUACUUUGGUCUCUCCCUGCUGCUUGACCGAUGAGCUUUAUCUGAGGAGUUUCCUGGACUUCCCACAUGGAUGUGCAGGAUGGUCAGUGACAUUGCCAGGACUAGGGCAGUAAGUGAAGUGGAAAAGCAUAUCAGACACACGCUGGUCCCACUUAGGGGCCUUUUUUUGCCAUUCCCUGAGCCCUUCCCUCUAUUCCACUGAGCUAGAGAUUUGCCAUAACCCCGUCAUGCCCACAGAACGAUCAGCUCACAGUGGACAAACCGAAGGGGAAGAGAAAUAAGCAUCCUGUUGCUUCUUCUGUGGCAUAAACAGAAAUAUUGAUCCUGUUCUCUGGUCAAUAUUUGUAUUUUCUUCCCUCCUCCUCCUCCUCCUCCCCCAUCUUGUCUUACUUCCUCCAAAUCCUCUCAGAUGGAGAAAAAAAAAAAGGGAAACCCUUGAUCGUAUCUUCAAGAGAACCCAGCUGCCCUCCCAACAACGCGCCAUUGGACUCGCCAGACCAUGAAUGAAGAUGUGCUCUCUGGGGAAUGAAGAUUUGCUCACACAUAUAACAGAAAACAGAUCAAAUGAGGCAGAUUUUCAGGGGCAACCUCCCCCCCGAUCCUUCCCCAACAGAUCCAGGUGUGGCCAGAUCUCUUUUGACCGGAGUUGCCAACCGUGAGCUCUCUCACCAGCCAGUCACCUUGCUUGCCUCUUCAAUGUACUGAGGCUUUCCUCCCAUGUCAGGAAUGUUUAUAACUCACCGGCCCUGGUAGGGUGCUGCCAUUGGAAAGCGAGAUGGUCCCCGUCAGCCCAGAUCGAGCAGAAGUGGCAGAACGGGCUGUUCUGUUGUCACCCAGAAUUUAGGGAUAUCCCCCCAUGCACCUCCUGGAGAUGGCAGAAAUGGUCUGGUCUCAGACUCACCAGGGGAAUGUGCCUGUGGACCUUCCAGUCUCUUCUUUUACUGAUUCACACGUGCAAAAAUGUGAAGUGCAGUAGAAGAGAAUAUAUAUCUCUCUAUAUAUAGAUACAUAUCUAUAAGUAUAUAUAGAGAUUUAUAUACAUCUAUAUAUAUAGAUAUAUAUUUUAAAAAGGGUAUCAAUGAUUUCUUUUAAAUUAAACCCACGAGUGAGGGGGCAGCCGCAUUAGGACUUGGGUGGCCUGGUUCUGUUCGGAUCAAAUAAGAAACCCUGACCAAAACUUGGACCGAAGGGCAGUAGCCAAUGAUAUUUCCAACCCAAAUUGGAUCAGGAAAUUUGGGAGACGUGUACCAAGAAAUGACCCGUGGCUUUCAUGAUUUCCACCUCAAUUUUUGCAGAAACUUCAGAAAAGCAUCGAAAGCACAGGGUGCUGUGUUCAAACUGAACUCCCUGCCUUCUGAAAUUAGCCCAGCCGAUUUGGGGAUGUCUUGUUCAUCUGAACUGUUCAGCCUCCUCUUCCCUGGCACUGGUCAGGGGACAAUGCUCUCCGCUGUCUGCGUUAGUCUUAAGAGACGUGUGAACCUGAGGCCUGAAUCAAACCGCCCAGUCAGGGGAGGGCUGAAUUCUGCAGCUCAGGCCCAUUUCUGCUCAGAAGAGACCACACAGAAUAAUUUAAUGCAGCUCUCCCCACUGUGAUUGAUGACUUGAUUAUAUAAAUACCAACUAAAAGUCUCUGGUUCCUCACUGCUGAAAACGAAAGCCGGUCAUGGUCAUUUUGCAAUCGGUGGCUUUAAAUAGCAAGUCUAAGGAUUUUUAUUUUUAUUUUAUUUUUUAAUUAUUGUAAAUCAUUACCUCAUUUUUCUGUCAAUGAGAAUCCUCCAUCCCUGAGCGUUCUUAUCUUGCCAUAACUGUCAUCUUGUGCUAUGGAAAUGGGGACGGUCCCUUUUCACAGAGAUUCUAGGGGUGUUCAAUGUCUAGUUUCUUAAUAAACACUUUAUUUUCUAAUGAAACAGCUGCCCCAGGUUUCUUCUUUGAAGACAAAAUAAAUAAAAGUUCAGAA